ACUAGCUGGGAAGGUAUCGAUGUAGUGGAAGACUGGAACGAGAGGCUGAGAAAUAAUUUGAGUAAAGGAUAAGAAAUUCACACUCAGUAGUGGGGGGAAUACCAACCUAACACACCGUCGAGGAUGUCAAUAGUAACUACGUGGAGUUGCAUGUGAAACCUGGAUACAGCAGAAAAGUGAAGAGACCAGUGUUCCCAUUCCUUGUGCCUGUGUGAAGAACGCCAUUGGAUCAGCGAGAUCCUUCAGCAGAUCACCUGCUCACACUUGCCUUUGUGCCAAUAUGAAUGAAGUAGCAAUAGUGAAGGAAGGAUGGCUUCACAAAAGAGGAGAGUACAUAAAAACAUGGAGACCAAGAUAUUUUUUACUAAAGAGCGAUGGAACAUUCAUUGGGUACAAGGAGAGACCACAAGAUGUAGAUCAGUUGGAAACACCGUUAAAUAACUUUUCUGUAGCAAAGUGCCAGCUUAUGAAGACAGAGCGGCCGAAACCAAACACAUUCAUCAUGCGGUGCCUGCAGUGGACCACCGUCAUCGAGCGCACCUUCCAUGUGGAAACCCCUGAGGAGCGGGAAGAAUGGACGACAGUCAUCCAGACAGUGGCAGACAGCCUUAAGAAACAAGAGGAGGAAAUGAUGGACUGCCGGUCAGGCUCCCCUAGUGACAAUUCAGGCAUGGAGGACAUGGACGUGUGCCUUACCAAACCAAGACCCAAAGUGACUAUGCACGACUUUGAGUACCUUAAACUUUUGGGUAAAGGUACCUUCGGGAAGGUCAUUCUAGUCAAAGAAAAAGCAACUGGAAGACACUAUGCCAUGAAAAUCUUGAAAAAGGAAGUAAUUGUAGCGAAGGAUGAAGUGGCCCACACCCUUACAGAAAACCGUGUGUUACAAAACUCAAAGCACCCCUUCUUGACGGGUUUAAAGUAUUCCUUUCAGAACCACGACCGGUUAUGUUUUGUUAUGGAAUAUGCUAAUGGAGGAGAGCUGUUCUUUCAUCUUUCAAGAGAUCGAGUAUUCUCAGAGGAGCGCUCUCGCUUCUACGGCGCAGAAAUUGUCUCUGCGUUGGAUUACUUGCAUUCAGAGAAGAAUGUUGUCUAUAGGGACCUAAAGCUGGAAAAUCUCAUGCUGGACAAGGAUGGUCACAUUAAAAUCACAGACUUUGGCCUCUGCAAAGAAGGAAUAAAAGACGGGGCCACAAUGAAGACUUUCUGCGGGACACCAGAGUAUUUGGCACCUGAGGUGCUGGAGGACAAUGACUACGGGCAGGCGGUGGACUGGUGGGGGCUGGGCGUGGUGAUGUACGAGAUGAUGUGCGGGCGGCUGCCCUUCUACAACCAGGACCACGAGAAGCUGUUUGAGCUCAUCCUGAUGGAGGAGAUCCGCUUCCCUCGCACCCUGGCCCCUGAGGCACGCUCCCUGCUCUCUGGCCUGCUGAAGAAGGACCCCAAACAACGGCUAGGUGGUGGUCCUGACAAUGCCAAGGAAAUCAUGAAUCACAAGUUCUUCUCUGGGAUCGUGUGGCAGGAUGUGUAUGAGAAGAAGCUUAUCCCACCUUUCAAGCCCCAGGUCACCUCGGAGAUAGACACGAGGUACUUUGACGAAGAAUUCACAGCACACAUGAUCACAAUCACUCCCCCGGGACAAGAUGACAACAUGGAAUCAGUAGACAACGAGAGGAGGCCUCAUUUCCCGCAGUUCUCCUACUCAGCCAGUGGGACUGCCUGAAGCAGCAGCGGCUGCACUCCUCAGAAGUAUUUCCUGCACACACACAACCAGACUGCAUUCUCAAGGACCUAUUGUGUUUUUUUGUUUUUUUUUUUUAAGCAAUUUGAGUAGUUUCUUUUAUAUUUUUAUGUUUCUGCAUUACAAACUGUUCUACUUACUCCAUUGUAUUUCUUAAAUAGUCAAGGAUAAGAUACUUCCUUUUAGAUGGUCCUAUGAAGGUUACGAGAUGUAACAUUUCUUACUUUUGUAGGUUCUCAGAUUUUAAGCAAGCAAGAAAGAGUAGUAAGGUGAUUUCAUUUUGAGACCAAUGCAGCCCCAAACAUAUGUUGUUAUAGAUGGUUGGAAACUAUUUAAAGAACGUUCCACAUCAUUGUAGAACCUUUUUAAUAAAAAAAAAAUAUUAAAAUGAAAACAUUAAUCCAAAAGACAGUAUGAAACAUUGUUACUACAUUUUAAUAUAUCAGAAUAACCUAAUUAAAUCAAUAGAUGUGCAAUAAAAGACCUGCACACUUGCAGGACCAUACACAAUUUAUGCAGCAAGGCUGUCCUCUAUUGGAUUACACUCUUUCCUAUGAUAUUCACAGCAUUAAUAGCCUCAGUGAGGUGUGACAGCAGCAACAAACAAAUAUUUGUUAUGUUUUGUUUUUAAAUUGCAUUUUUGUUCGUAGGAUCAAGCAGUGUAUUGACUUACAGAUUUUGAGUUGUUCCUAGAGUUAACACUUUAUUUAUUUUGUGUCUACAUACUAGCCAUACUAGCCGUAUCGUAUAAGUGGUUUGCAUUUCACGUGAUGCGAAACACAAGUGGACGUUUGUAAUGUAGGUUGUGUGAGUAAAUGCUGCCUUCUAAAUAGGCUUGCUACUUUUUAAAGUUUUUUUUUUUCUUACAAACAAUAACUUUUUAAAAGAUCUCUAGUUUGUGUAGUUUUUACACUUGCUGUUUUGUCCCGUCCCCGUUCCGCUGUGAAUGGCUAGUGGUCGCUGUCCAUCAUCUGAGUGGUCCCUUAGUAUGUAGUGUCACUGUCCGUCAUUUCACCUGGUCCCACAGAUCACAUUGUCUAAACCAACACUAGAAUUCUCUCAUUCGUUUUAAAUGUCAAUCAUCAAGAACUGCACCAACUGCACGUUCAUUUGCCAGCUACAGCACCUACUGUGGAUUUUAGGCAAGGUUAUCCAGGUCAAAAACACGUUAUUUUGGACACGUUUCAAAUAUUUAGUACAUGAUUUAAUUUGACUUUAGUAUGUUUAAUUCUAAUUAUUAAACAUGCUAAUUUGGCCAUACUAAUUUAAAGAAAAUUGUAUUUGUAAUAAAUUAUCCAAUUAAUUUGCCUUCCAUUCUGCCAUUCCUGCUCAAUUUGUGGCAGUGUAUGGACGUGGCAUUGGGCAAAGUCUAGUGAAAGAUGGGUAGGCCAGGACCCUCUGAUACAAACAUCAGCCGGCAGAUUCAGAGCCUCAGAAAUCGCUUUAAUUCAGUGGUAACCCCACUGUAACUAAUAUGUAAUUUUAAACAAGUGUUGAAAGAUCUGACAUUGAAUCU